AAAGGGUGAUGUGAAGAGCAGCAGCUAGAUGAAGCAAGUUAUUGACUGUUAGAAAGAGAGAGUCAGAGAUAAGACCUUCAACUUGAAUUGAAAAUUUGAGCAAUCUUUUUUGUCUAUUCAAUUUCAACCCAUAACUCUUUGUGUGAUAUUGGCCGUGAAAUUUAUCAGCUGUCUUUGUUUGUAGCAUUCAAACACAGAGAGAGAGCGAGAGAAAAUAAAUGAAUGUUGUUAGUGGAGACUUCUGAAGAGGGUUGUGUUGUGUGUUGUGGCCUUGUGGGUAAUAAGGUAAGAAUGGGAACCCCAGGAACAGAGGAGCUUCUGAAGAAGAUCCAACAACUGGAGGAGGGACACGCAAACCUUAAGCGAGAAAUGUCAAAGCUUAAGGUCUCCGAUUGCAGAAGCAACCAGAACCACGGUCAUCGCCAGAGGUCUCACUCCGUGUCUCCGCAGCGUUCAAGAUUGGGGAGAACUGAUGGAGCAUCUGCUUGGAAGAAGGGUUCUUGUUCCUUCAAACAAUCAUCGCCUCUUUCAAGAGAGAGUCGCGGUGAUGGAGAAGGAGAAGGCCGUGCACGCUGUGGACCUUCCGCUGUGAACUUCACUGAACGCCAGUAUCUGAAUAUUUUGCAGUCAAUGGGACAGUCUGUUCAUAUUUUGGAUCUUAGCUUUCGUAUUAUAUACUGGAACCGUAGUGCCGAAAAUUUGUAUGGUUAUGCAGCUGAGGAAGCUCUAGGCCAGGACGGGAUGGAGCUUCUUGUAGAUUCCAGGGAUUUGGCCUUGGCCAAUGAUACAGUGAACCGUGUCAUAAUGGGAGAGAGCUGGACUGGGCAAUUCCCGGUCAAGAAUAAGAUGGGAGAGAAGUUUGUAGCUGUAGCAACUAAUACACCUUUCUAUGAUGAUGAUGGAAGCUUAGUUGGGAUUAUUUGUGUCUCAAGUGAUUCGCGGUCCUUUCUUGAAAUGAGAGUUCCGUUGUCAGGUGUAAAGAACUCUGAAUCAAAUUCAGGUUCCACCUUUCCUAGAAGUAGCAUUACAAAUAAACUUGGUCUUGACACUCAACAGCCACUUCAAGUUGCUCUGGCAUCGAAAAUUUCAAAUUUGGCAUCAAAGGUGAGUAGCAAAGUUAUGUCAAGAAUCUGGACAGGAGAAAAUAAUGUGAAUCCUGAAGGCGGUAGAGGAGAAAUUCAUCAUUCUGAGCAUAAUUUCUCAGAAUCUGUUGUUUCAGACCAGAGAGAGGAUGCUAAUUCCAGUGGAGCUAGCACACCCAGAGGUGAUGUGCUACAAUCCCCUUUUGGUGUACUUUCUCAUGUUGAAGAAAAAUCGCAAGGAAAGACUGUGGGAGACUCUGGUGAUGAGAGUGAAGGAAAACCUAUUCAUAAAAUCAUACCUUCUAAGGCUGAAGCUUGGAUUCAAAAGAAAACAUUAUCGUGGCCAUGGAGAAAAAAUGAUCGAGAAGGAUCAGCAGCAAGCAAUGUUCGUGUUGCAUGGCUGUCGAGGCAGAAUGAUCAAGAAAAUGAGUCAGUUAAUGAGAAUAUUCUUUCCUCUGGCUUGAAGCAAGAAAGCCAGACAGUCGAAAGUAAUCGCCCUAUUAACAAUGAGGCUUCAGGAUCAUGGUCCUCCUCUUUUAAUGUCAACAGCACAAGUAGUGUCAGCAGCUGUGGGAGUGCUGGCAGUUGUGCUGUCAAUAAUAAAGUGGAUGUGGACACUGAUUGCUUAGAUUAUGAAAUUUUGUGGGAGGACCUGACAAUUGGAGAACAAAUUGGACAAGGUUCUCGUGGAACUGUAUAUCAUGCUCUGUGGUAUGGAUCAGACGUUGCCGUCAAGGUUUUCUCACAGCAAGAAUAUUCAGAUGAUGUGAUACAGUCCUUCAGACAAGAGGUGUCUGUGAUGAAAAGACUUCGACACCCAAAUAUUCUUCUUUUUAUGGGGGCAGUGACUUCUCCUCAACGUCUCUGCAUUGUGACAGAGUUUCUCCCACGGGGAAGCUUGUGCCGCUUGUUACACAGAAACACAUCCAAACUUGAUUGGAGACGGCGAGUUCAUAUGGCCUUGGAUAUUGCACGAGGCGUAAAUUAUCUUCAUCAUUGUAACCCGCCUAUCAUCCACAGAGAUUUGAAGUCUUCAAAUAUUCUAGUUGAUAAAAAUUGGACUGUGAAGGUUGGUGAUUUUGGUCUUUCACGUCUUAAGCUAGAAACAUAUCUCACAACUAAAGGGAGGGGCACGCCUCAAUGGAUGGCACCAGAAGUUCUUCGUAAUGAACCCUCAGACGAGAAGUCUGACGUAUACGGCUUUGGGGUGAUAUUAUGGGAACUUGCAACUGAAAAGAUCCCUUGGGAUAAUCUCAACUCAAUGCAGGUGAUUGGAGCUGUAGGGUUCAUGAACCAGCGGUUAGAAAUCCCAAAACAUAUUGAUCCACGGUGGGCUUCUAUAAUUGAGAGCUGCUGGCAUAGUGAUCCAACUUGCCGACCAACAUUUCGGGAACUUCUUGAAAGGCUUAGAGAGCUGCAAAAGCAGUAUGCCAUUCAGUUCCAGGCAGCCCGAUCCGCAGGUGGGGAAAGCGCCCAAAAGGAGUCCUAGACACAACCUUGGAGCUAUUUUUUCUUUCUGUUACUUUGUGGCUGAUGCAUAAGGAUUUUUUUGGCAUAUAUUUUACCAAAGUUCCUCAAGUAGAUGAAUUGGUACAAACGGCUGGUCUUGGAACCAUGUAGAAUGGCUGGUCUGAGUUCUUCUUUAUCAACAUUUGUCAAGGUAUUAUAGAGAAGGUGUAUAGAAUGAUAUAAAAAGUGGUGGGGAUUGCCAAACUCUCAAUGGUGGUUAGGUUAGUCAUUUUAUUUUUCUUUAGUGGCAACAUAAAGUUUCUUCAAUUUAUUGGUGGUGCUGUAUGUUUGGAGUCUUGUGAGAUGACCACCCCCGUUGUAAUUGUCUAUGCAAAUGUUUGCACCACUAUUUAAAAGUUGUACAGAAGGUAGUG